GCCAGUGCAGGCAAGACACCCAGGCAAGAGUCGUAGUCAGGCGAGGGGUAAACUUGCCAAAGCAGGGCGCAGCAUCGUGCAUCCUUUGGAAGACAAGCGGACGCUGGAUCUGCUGGAGCAGAGAGGGUCACAGGUAGCUUGAAGCUGAUUCAACUUUGAAAGGUCUUGGGACUUUGGAUCAACUGUCGUGAAGGGAGCAGCUGAUUUGUGUUUGAACCCCGUCUUUGGAGGCACGGUCGCGAGGAAAAGCGGGCUUCCAAGAGCUGCAAAUGGCAUCUGAGGAAGGAGAGCCGGUGCUCCUCCAUGUCUAUGACUUGAGUCAGGGCCUGGCUAGGCAGCUGUCUGGAGCACUCCUGGGGCAGAUGUUGGAAGGAAUAUGGCACACUGGUGUGGUGGUAUAUGGGCGAGAGUACUUCUUUGGCGGAGGCAUUCAAACAGGCCGCCCAGGGAGGACCCAGUACGGCAAUCCAGUCAAAACAGUCCCCCUUGGAAGAACUGAAGUACCCCUCGAGCUGGUGGAAGACUUCCUGAACGAAAUCAAGGACCGGUACAGCGUCUAUACGUAUAACUUGAUGCGCCACAACUGCAACCACUUCUCCAACGAGCUCAGCACCUUCCUGACCGGCACCGGCAUCCCCUCCGACAUCCUGGAGCUGCCGCAGCGUGUUCUCAGCUCCCCAUUCGGGGCGAUGCUCGCGCCCCUCAUUGAGCAAAUGGAGACCGGCAUGCGCGGCAACCAAGUCCCGUCGCAAGCCCUCUUCAAUGCACCCCCUCUCGACUUUGCGGCGGUCAGGCCCCCCCAGCCCAGCCCACAGGCUAACCCCUACGCUAACCCGCAGCCUAACCCUCUGCAGAACUCGUCAAACCCACUCCUAAACCCUGCUCAAACCCCAGUAAGGCCCGGGCUAAGUAGCGUCGGUGCACCUUCGGCGGCUCGGACACCGAGUCUUUCCCGGCCACCUGCGAACCUUUCGCCCGUUGGCACCCCGGUUACGCCGCACCUGGCGAAUCUGAGCCAAAAUUUGCAAACCCCCGUCGCGCCAGCCAAGGCCGUCCCCUCGCCGGCGACCGCACAGGAGCUCCGGGCAUCGAGGGAUGUGCCAGCCUCGACAAAUGGGGCGCCGGCGGGCGCGUCGCUGACAGGGCCUCGGGCGGCAGCAGCGGCAGCAGCCGAGGCGCGAGCAAAACUAGCGGCGGCGGGAAAUUCGAACGGAAGAGCAGUUGCUGGUCCGGUUGCAAACGGGGGUGUGGGCGGAAGCACAGGGAGUGGAAAGAGUCUGAACGUGAGCAGGGAAGUCGUGCAAAAAGAGGUCAAAGCGGAGUUUGCGGAAGUGAUGAAAGAGGGGAAGCUGACGCCGAAUCAGGCGGCGGCGAUUGCGCUUGCGCGGGUCAUGGAACGGCAUUCGCUUGAGUCACCUACGAAGAAGGGUGCACGGCUUGCAACGGAGGCGGCGGGGCCGGACAACGGGAUGCAUUAAAAGUUCUUCAUGCGGGAAAGAAACAUUCUUCAGAACAGAGCAAGCUGCGGGCUAGGCGCCUGCCCAUGCUGCCGCUGGUCAUUCCGUGCAAGCGCGGUCCCAUUGUAAGCGAGCGCGGUCCCAUUGUAAGCGAUGCAGGAGCUGAUUGAUAUUAGUCCAUGGCACAUUGCCUGCAGUAUUUACAAGGUGACAUCAGAAGGAAAACAUGCGCUCUGACCUAGCUCAUACAUACUUGUCUAUCGAGCACGCUGCGAUUCAGGUCUUUACUUUGGUUUGUCAAGACGGUUCCUGUAUUAUGCCUGAUGGCUGUUACGGUUGCAUCACUGCAUGGCCCGCUGG